CUUCAACCCCGAAAAUCUCCCUCUCAAAAAGUUUCGAAACCCCAACCAAAAUUUUAACAACUUCCCGCCUCUCUCCUUUCUCGUCUACAAAUACCCCAAACACUCAAAUUCCCAACUCACAAGAUCGCAAUUUUCCUUCUUCUACUUUCUCGAGAAAUAAACAAACACCUCAAUCUUCAAAACUUUAAUCCAAUGGCCCGUACAAAGCAAACCGCCCGCAAGUCCACCGGAGGCAAAGCUCCAAGAAAACAACUGGCCACAAAGGCCGCCAGAAAGUCAGCUCCAGCCACCGGCGGAGUGAAAAAGCCUCAUAGGUUCCGUCCGGGGACGGUGGCUCUCCGAGAAAUUAGAAAGUAUCAGAAGAGCACUGAGCUUCUCAUUAGGAAGCUGCCGUUUCAGAGGCUGGUGAGGGAAAUCGCUCAGGAUUUCAAGACUGAUCUGAGGUUCCAGAGCAGCGCCGUGGCGGCUCUUCAGGAGGCGGCGGAGGCGUACUUGGUGGGUCUGUUUGAGGACACUAAUUUGUGCGCUAUUCAUGCUAAGAGGGUCACCAUUAUGCCCAAGGAUAUUCAGCUAGCUCGCAGGAUUAGAGGUGAAAGGGCUUAAGAGGAAUGUGAUUUGUGAUUUGUGUUUAUUUGGUGUUUUUAAACUUGGGGUUUGUGGGUAGAUUAGCAUUAGAUUUGGUUUAGUUUGUCUUGCACGCGAUGUGUUUGUUAAAAUUCCUGUGAAGGUUGGUUUGAGGUAAUAGAUCAUUGCCUUUUUGUCA